AUCUGAGAGGAAUACAGCCUCAUGUAUAGUUUAAUUGAGUCCCUUUUAACCCACUCCAUUACAUAUUUUAGGAUUUGAAAAACAGUGCGUGAUAAUAAUCCCCUCUUUCAAAUCUGGAUCGAUUGGGGAGCCGCAAGUUUUACGGAGAAAAGCAGCAGUCCCAUCGGAGAAGGGGAGGGGAGGGCUGGUGUGUGUUGUGUCCCAGCCCUCUGCAUCCAGCUGGUGCGUCGCUCCGCAGCAGUAGCGCGCCACACUCACUAUGGCUUUAGCCGCAAGCAGGACGCUCUUGGCGCUAUUCGUUACGUUUUGCGCACCAGGAUGCGGAUGGACAGCAGAGAAGCCCCUCCGGCCACAAAAUGGGAAACAGACAUCUGUGGACAAGGGCUUGAGGGAGAGCUGGGAGCCAUCAAUCCAUCUGGAUGGGAGACCUGUGGACCGCUUCGUCAUUAGCUCCAACAAACCCAUGAGGACUCACCGCCUCACAAAAGUGGGCAAGGACAGCCGAAAUCCCCUACUGGAGGAUGUAGACCCUGAAUGGGUUAACCUGGAUGGCUUUGCUGUGUUGGGAGGUGCACCUGUCAGCAACACAUCAACAGGUCCAGCUACGUCUACACAAACUGCUGCCAAAAAACAGCCCACUGUACAGCGUGCAACCAGGGUGAACAGAACGCCUCGCCCAUCACGUGUGUCCACCAAUACCAGGACACACAGGAGGGCCCCUCAGUCCUCCUCAGGUCCCAGGCAGCCUGAGAGAGCUUUGUCAGGAACUCCCUUGCUGGACAGAAGACGCCAACACCACACCAAGCCUCAAUCUGACCAGAGGAACCGUAACUCACACAAACUAACAUCUGAGUCCGUUCAUGUGGUGUCACUGCAGGCACAGAAAGCCCUGGGCCAGAGCGCACCUGCUAACAGAGCAGCUGUAACCAAAACAACCACACCAGAGCCACCCGAGUAUGAGGCGCGGGACAUCAGUGUCAGGGUCAUGUCUGCUCAGUCAGUCCUCAUCUCCUGGAUUGACCCUGCUGUGGAAAUGGGGAAAGUUGCCCCCGGGGCAUCCAGAGCCUACACAGUUAGGUACAGGGAGAAGGGUGAGUCAGCACGCUGGGAGUACAAGGAAAGCAACCAGAGGAGAGUGAUGAUAGAUACUCUGUCUGCUGACAGCAUGUAUGAGUUCUCUGUCAGAAUAUCUGAGGGGAAGUGGAGCGUCUCCGUCUUUCAGAGGACCCCCGAGUCAGCACCAUCUGGGCCACCAGAGAACUUUGAGGUCAAGCCACUACGAGGGAAAGGAACUGCUGUUACAGCAACAUGGGAUCCUCCUGAAGAACCCAAUGGGAGGAUUCGAGAGUACUCCCUGUCUUAUGCUCCUGCAAUGAAGCCAUUUGGAAUGAAAAGUGUGACGUACCGUGGCAGCACAACCUCAGCUACCAUAGAUGGUCUCACACCUGGAGACCGGUACAUCUUCAAGAUCAGAGCCACCAACAGGAGGGGACAGGGACCACAAAGCAAGGCCUUCAGUGUUGUCAUGCCAGAAUCCAGCAGCGCUGUCUCAUCAUUCCCAAUAACCAAGGACAUCCGCAGGACCCACAGUCGUUCCAAACAGGAUACUGACCAUGACGAAUCCGACCUGCAGUCAACAGAGGAGUCAGAAGAACCAGCCAAGCCCCCUCAGUCACGCCCUGCUGCACCUGCCAACAGGCGCUUACGGCCACUUUCUCAGACACGCUCCUAUCACAGCAUUUUCUCCUCAGUAAGAGGCUCAGUCAGGAAUGUAGUGAACAGAGGUUCAUCUAGAGGAAGAGAACAAGAUAGAGAGGAUGAGGAGGAAGAAGAAGAGGAAAUACCCACAACACCACCUCCAGUAGAAGAGACAACAACCAUGGAGGCUGUACUGGACAUAAAAGAACCAGACAAUGAUGUUUCCCCUGAAUCUGAGGAUGAAAUGGGCUAUGGUAAAGAGGGCACUGAGACCCCCAGCCUCAAAGUUCUGACGCCCUCCCCAACAAAACCUGCUUCUGUUCGCCCCAAUCCACCGAACAGAAGGCCCAUUAAGAUCAGGGUCCAUCAAAAACCAGGGUCCAGGGCUGCUUCCUCCUCCUCCUCAUCCACCUCUUCAUCGUCUUCUACUUCAUCCUCCUCUUCCUCUGAUUCCUCCUCAUUGUCAUCUUCUACAACCUCAUUAUCCUCCUCGUCACAUACUCCAGAGUCAGCAGCCAGUAGCAAGGAUACAGCUUCCACAUACCCAGAGAGCAAAAACACCUACAAUAAUCCCAGCGUAACACACAUGAAACCUUCCACUCCAGUUGUAAAGGAGACCAAUUCCCAGCCUAAGACAGAAGGUACCCCUGUGGGUAAGGGUCCUGCCUCAGCAGGGCGCACCAGUGGGACUGGUUUAGGCUCUAGAUAUGGUUAUGGCAGAAGACAUCCUGGAAUUCUGUCUAGAGGGAAUUCAACUCGAAUGCUGAAUGGUUACAAACCUGGAGGAACUUCAGACAGAACUCAGAACCAAGCAACCUCACACACAGGAAGUUCAGCAACAUCACAGUCCACUUUACCAGACAGGUCUCAAAAUCAAGAAACAUCAAAUACUUUCAAUGCAGCAACAUCUAGGUCCACUUCAGGAGGUGGGGUCCACAGCCAAGCAAGAUCAGACACACAUCGUUUUGACAAAUCACAGUCCACAUCAGAGUCCAGGUCACAGGGCACUACAACUGCAGAUACACACAGCGUAGACAGAGGAUCUCACAGCUCUGCAACUUCACACAACACAAAAAAUUCACACACUUCACACACAUCACCUGAACGGGAUACAACAUACAGCGAGGGAAAUGAUGAGGUAACCAAAGUUGAAGAGCCUACUUCAAGCUAUAAAGAACAACCCACAAAAGUGAAGGACGAACAACGGGAGACGAGCAGUUCUGAAAAACCUGUUGUUCCUCGUACCAGGGUUAGUCCUUCAUUUGCUGAGAGAUUCCCCUCACUAGCUAGUCGUUACCCAGGCAGGUUUGGUUCAGGGACAAGGGCGUCAUUUUCCAGGCAGGAUGGUAGGACCCCUUUGAGCAGAUCAUCGUCCUCUGUAGGGGCAGGCAGACCCAUUUUGAGGGGGACACCCACUAGAGUCUCAGGAGCCACAGGAGCUGCAGGAGUGUCCUCAAUACAGGAGACUAGUGAAGAUUUGAGGACUCCUUCCACUCAAGACUCACUAAAGAAUGGAGUGGGGGCAGGUUCCCUUAAGCCCUCAUUGACCAGUCGUAAUGCAGGAGUUAGUGACACUAGAAACCCAUCUACCUCUUCUUCUUCUUCUUCUUCCGCAUCCACUUCUUCAGACUCUGAUUCCCAUCAUUCCUUAAGUGGACACAGAGACUCAAGUGAGCCCAUCCACAGGGGAACCUCUAAUGACAAUGAUAAUGAUCAUGGUAAGGAUUAUCUUGAUGAAAGGAGUAGAGAAAUCAGUGGGAAAAAUGAAAAAGUUCUAGACCCAGCAGUGGUCCAAAAGAAUCCAGCUGUAACUUCAGCUGAGCCUCACAGAAACAGAGAGGACAAUGAGAGCGCAGAUACAAGGGAAACAUCUUCAAGGACAAGGACUGGCUCAUCGUCCGGGGUCACUCCAACUCACCGUCGUCCUAAUGUAGGCAUGAAUGGGAGGGUACGCUCACCUCUGCUGGCUAACAGGCAGUUUGUUGGGUCUAGGCUUCCCAUCAGACCACAGCCAGCACAAAACUCUAGACUGGGUUCUUCAGCAUCUGUUUCCUCCUCAUCAUCAUCUGAUUCCUCUUCUUCAUCAAAUUUGCCCCAGCCAGUGUUGACCUCAGAUCGUGACACUGCCAGUGGCACCACUGUGACAAAGACAGGGGGAUUGACUGAGGGCAAUGCCCAGUCCGCAUCCUCGUCUUCAUUUUCAUCUCGAGACAGCUUUAGGGGCCAGGGGGGUAGGUCUCGCUAUCCAAUCCUCAGAGGGAAACCAACCAACGGAGGAGGACUUAAACCUGGCAGUGGAAAUGGUAAGAAUGGACGACCCAACCUCACAGCAACAAGUGAUAAAGAGUCCUCUCCCACUCACGGAGCCAGCAAGGCCAGUGGUCAAAAGUUUAUCACUGGGCCUGAUGGAAGCAAAUGGGUGAUAGACUUGGAGCAGGGGAUUCUUAUGAAUCAGGAUGGACAAGUUCUCCAGGACUCCCAGGGCAAACCCAAGAGAGUGGUGCUUGGCGAGGAUGGACGCACCAUUUUUGACCACAUGGGCAGUCCUUUGUUAAACCAGGAAGGUAUGGCUCUAUUCGGUCACGGCCGAGAUAGUCAGCCUGUGAUCAACCCCAAAGAAAAGGUUCUUAUGGUUGGAGGGAAACCUGUACUUGGCUUGGACCGGCCUCAACUCAGGAAAACCACUACCACAACCACCACCACAACCACCACCACCAUGGCUCCUACCACCACACCUGAACCCACCACCAUCGAAUGGACUACAGAGGAGUCUACCACUCCACCACCGUAUCCAACAUGUCCGCCUGGAACUUUCUCCAGAACAGAUGAAUACGGAUAUCCAGUGCUGGACCCAGAAGGAAUAUUGGACUGUUAUCCAGAAGAUGAGUUAUUGGUCCAGACCACCCUGCCGCCAACCACCACUACCACAACAACCACCACCACAGAGGUCCCAGCUCCGGUGACUGAUGUCAGACCGCACAACAAAGGACCUUUAUCUGAGUUUGACCUCAGUGGGAAGAAGCGAUUCACAGCUCCCUAUGUGAACUACAUCCAGAAAGACCCGGGUGCUCCUUGCUCCCUGACAGAGGCUCUGGAGUACCUUCAGGUCGACGUCCUAGAAAACCUGAUAGAGAAGGACAGCCUGGUAGCCAAUCAGAAGCAGCCUCCCAAACACAAGCCCCAUAACCUCACUGUGGUUGCCAUGGAGGGAUGCCAUUCAUUUAUUAUCCUGGACUGGGGCCGUCCACUGAAGGACGAUAUGGUGUCAGGCUACAUGGUCCACAGUGCUUCAUAUGAUGAUGUGCUCAACAACAGAUGGUCCACUAACCCUUCCAGCGGGACACACCUGGCUGUUGAGAAUCUCAAACCCAACUCUAGGUACUACUUCAAAGUCCAGGCCAAGAAUGUGUUUGGUUUGGGACCAGUCAGCGAUACACUCACCUAUGUCACCGAAUCAGAUGAUCCUCUUCUCAUUGAAAGACCACCUGGUGGAGAGCCUAUCUGGAUCCCCUAUACCUUCAAGUAUAACCCGAUGCACAGUUCCUGUAAGGGCAGCCAGUAUGUCAAGCGGACAUGGUACAGGAAGUUUGUCGGCGUGGUUUUGUGUAACUCUCUGCGAUACAAGAUAUUCAUGGGAGACGGUCUUAGAGAGCCCUUUUACAGUAUAGGAGACACAUUUGGACAGGGGGAGGAUCAUUGCCAGUUUGUGGACUCCUACAGGGAUGGAAGGACAGGCCCGUCCUUCCUCUCAAAUAAUAUGCCUUCAGCACAAGGGUUUUAUCGUGCCUACAGACAGGAGCCUGUUUCAUUUGGAGUUAUUGGCCGGCGUACACCCCAUCCUUUCGUGGGGUGGUAUGAAUGCGGGGUGCCCAUCCCUGGGAAAUGGUAACACAGGGGAGGAGGCGACAUUGUUACCAAGGGCAACCCUUCUGCAUCCUGCUGCAGGCUCUCACCUUCACUGACCCUGCCUGUACAAACAGACUUUUGCCUGCCACAACAAAAAGACACCACUAACGAAUUUAUUACAGCUUCACAGGAAGAGAAUAUAGUACUUUUAAACAACUCAUUGUAUAUCAUUACAAUGCACUUUUUAUAAAAAAGCAAUCUGUAUAUGAGGGAAAAAGAAGCAUGUGUGCUCCUGGUUAGUUUAACUCUUGUCAGAAAGUGUCCUUUGUACUAUUCCCAAGUAUCCCAGAGACAGGUCCUUACCCAGUGUUAUUUAUCUCAUCAAAAUGCACACACAAUCAAACCAGUGACAUUGGACCAAAGCACAAACUGAAAACUGUAAGAAUGGGCACUCAAGGUGUGUAUAGGUCUGUUAAUUUUCAAUUGUGAGAUUUUUAUUUCAUUAUGUAAUGGCUUCUGACAGCUAAUUUUUGUUUAUUUGUGUUUUUGAAACUUCAUACUGGUUUUUUAUUACACCCUUUUGGUAUUCACCAAAAUUCAUUAAACGUUACUGUGUAAGUUUUGUAUGUAUACAGACAAAGAAUAAAAGACCCAAUAUUUGCUCAGGAACUGUGAGAGAUUGAAUAAAGGUGCUAUGGAAACCACAGCAAUCCAAAAACAUGAAUCAUAUCAUAUUCUCCCCUGCUGCCACGUUCUUUUCUAGCAAAAGCUUCUACACGUGAUCCAGAUCUACUUAAUCAACCUAAUGGAAGAUUUGAGUAGCAGACACAGGUUGGUUAAGCCAGUUGGAACAGCAACUGUUAAAAAUCGGUCGAAAUGUCAAAACAACAGAUUGUGGACAGAGGCAGGUGAGAGGGAAAGAGGGAGAA